CUUGUUUUUUGGUCUGAAGCCCAAUUCACGUUCAUCUCCACCCUUCAUGAUAAAAUCUAGAGUCCUAUAAAAGAACAUCUUCUGCCUGAUCCGAGAGAAAACAGCUGCUGUUUUUAUUGGGGAAUCCCCGGAUUUUAAAAGACUACACAAGAACAAUGAGUGCAUCCAAACUCCAGGAAAGUGUUGAGGUGAGAAUUGCACACUCUCUGCAUUCAAAGGAGAAAGAGUUUUUGUUCGAAAGAAGAAACACUGUUUUUCAAAGCCUGCAGAAACUCGAGAUAAACUGCAGUAAGGAUGCGGUGCCAAACAUUGCAUUACUGGGUUCUGGAGGAGGACAAAGAGCCAUGGUGGGUUUGCUGGGAUCCCUGGUUCAGCUUGAUAAAGCGGGUCUUCUGGACUGCAUUCUUUAUCUGAGCGGAGUCUCUGGAUCCACCUGGUGCAUGGCCUCCUUAUACCAAGAACCAGACUGGUCCACCAAACUAGAAACUGUGACAGACAAAAUCAUCAGGAGACUCAGCGGUCCAGGAGUCAGCUGGGGAGACGCAUUGGCCAAACUGAAGAAGUAUCUCCAAACGAAAGACCACUUCAGCUUGACUGACGUCUGGGCAGUGAUGGUCAUCACAACAUAUGUGAAAGAGAUUGAUGAAUGCAAACUCUCAGAGCAGUGGGACCAGUGCAAUAAAGUACCAUUUCCCAUCUACACAUUGAUCGACAUGCAAUCCCAAGAAUGCAAGACCGUGAAAGGCAUAGAAGACCCCUGGUUUGAGAUCAGUCCACUUGAAGCAGGUUAUUCUCUCAGUGGGGCAUUUGUGAAAACCUCCAGCUUCGGCAGCCAGUUUGACAGUGGCACAAAGACAAAACCUCAGGAUGAAAUGGACAUGCUGUACCUGCAAGCUCUGUGUGGCAGCGCUUUAGCUGAUAAAGACGAGAUUAGGAAAUACCUCUGGCAAAAAAUAACGGGUAAAGCUGCAUUUGAAGAUUCACUUCUGCCGAAAGUAUUCAGUCAUUUCAUUUCAUGUUACUACAUUCAGAAAGACUUUAGUUUUGUGGACGAUCACACAGAGACCAAGCUCGAUGGAGACAAACAGCAGCUGAAUCUCGAAGAUAAAGAAGCUGCAAAACACUGUAUGGAUGAACACACUGAAAAUGUGUGUGAUUUGUGGAUGAGAAUUCGCGAAAUCAUGGGUCAGUGGAUCUGGGGCAGGAAAUAUGACUUUCUCCACAACCUGAAUGAUGAAACCUUGCCUUCUACUCUUCUGGAAAGUGAGACGAGAGAUUAUAAAGACGCCGGACUGCUGCUGAACUCACCCUACUUCUCAGUGCUGAGAAAAGAAAGAAACAUUGAUCUCAUCAUUUCCCUGGAUUUCAGUGAUGGCGAUCCUUUUAUGACAGUGAGAGAAGCUGCUGAGAUUUGCAAGAAACGAAGCAUCCCUUUCCCUGAAGUCAACAUUCCCAGUGAAGACCUGAAGAACCCAAAGGACUUCUAUGUGUUCAAAGGCACAAACACUCCAACCGUGAUUCACAUGCCUCUGUUUAAUGUGGUCAACUGUGGAGAUGACAUUGAGAUGUGGAGGAAGAAAUAUAUCACCUUUAAAGAUCCUUACAGCACUGAGAUGAUCACUGAUCUUAUGGAGGUCGCUGGAAAAAACAUCUCAAACAACAGAGAGAAACUGCUGGAGCAGAUAGGUGCAGCUGUUGGGCAGAAAGGACACAACUAAUGAGUUGAAUAAUAAGUCGUUACUGAUUGUUUUAAUGUGUGUGUGU